AUGGCUAAACCUCCAGUCGUAGGUCUGACAGGAGGUAUAGCAUCAGGCAAAUCAACAGUUUCUUCUCUUCUAUCAACUCAUCAUAUCCCAAUAAUAGACGCAGAUAUACUAGCUAGAGAAGUAGUCGCCCCAAAUACAUCCGGGUUUCAACUCAUCGUCAAUCAUUUCGGUCCUGAUCGUAUUUUAAACUCUCAAGGUCAACUCGAUAGAGUAGCAUUAGGAGAAAUAGUAUUUCAUGAUGAAGAUGAAAGGAAAUGGUUGAAUGGUGUUAUACAUCCUAGAGUUAGGAAAUCUAUAGUUUGGAAAGUUUUGAAAUGUUGGUUAAAAGGAGAAUGGUGUGUGGUUUUGGAUGUACCUUUAUUGAUUGAAGCUGGUUUAUGGAGAUGGGUUGGUGAAGUUGUUGUUGUUUUUGUAAACGAUAAACUUCAAAUCUCAAGACUUCUAUCACGACCAUCUCCAACUCCCCUAUCGAUAACUCAAGCACAAGCACGUAUCUCAUCCCAAAUGCCAUUAUCACAAAAAGCGAUUUAUGCAACUUGUAUAAUAGAUAAUUCUGGUUCACUCCCCGAACUUGCGACACAGGUAGAUCGUUUGAUAAGUAAAUGGAAAAAACAACAAGGUGGAGAAACUGGUUGGUGGUGGAGAUUAUGUAGGAUACCACCUAUCGGAUUAACAGCGGGAGUGGUUUGUUUGGUCAGAAGAUGGAUCAUGAUGAGAAAAGGAAGAAGAAGAGGGAGAGGAGAGGUAUUGAGGUUUGUACAUGAUGAUGAGAGGGAACAGGUAGAGUUGAGGGAUAUGAGGAGAAGGACGGGUAGUGGUGGAGAUUUGAGUGUGGAAAGUUAA